CCACACUGCAAAAUUAAAACAAUAAUAAAAAAACAAAGAGAGAGAGGGAGAGAUAUCCCAUCGAGUCUUCACAACGCAGGCCGCCUCCUCGUUCACAUUCAUGAGCGAGGUUAUCUUGCGGGAAUAAAUAAAAUCUCCAUCUCCGCGACUGGGAUUACACGUUCUGACUCUGUUGUCCUCUCUUCCGCGGAUCGUCGUCUCCAUUUACCUAUUCAUUUUCUUUCUUUCUUUCUUCUAGGAGAAAUCUUGAAGCUGAUAUUUCUCUGAAAACCCUAAUCCGUUUCUCGAAGAAUAUAAACUUUUUCCCCAUUUUCCCCCUCUCUCAAAUAGCUCUACAUUAUCAUCGGCUCUUAAAUAUAUAAUACAAAACUGUAGUGUAAUUCUGGAAACCAAAUCCAAAAAAGGAAAAAGAGGUUAUUGUUUGGUUACGCCGCUGAGGCUAUUACCGGAGCGGAUUAGAAAAUGGUUGGAGGAGCGAGCAGGAGGGACGAAUCGCCGGUCAUAAACAGCUCGAACGUGUUCGCGGCGCUCGGGAGCUUGAAGAAGAAGAAGAAGAAGCCGUCCGAGAAGGAACAUACGGGUUCUUCCACCAGUAAAAGCUCGGCGUCGAAUAAGCACGCGGAGAAGGAGAAAGAGGAGGAGGUGUUCUGGGCCCCGGCGAAGCUGACAGUGAAAUCGUGGGCUGAUGUCGACGAUGAUGAUGACGACGAUUACUACGCCACCACGGCACCGCCCGACUCGGUCUGGAGCGCUGCCGCCGAUUCCAAGGUAGUGAAGGAAAGCGACGCCGAGCAUGCUGAGGAGGAAAGUGAAAGUGAGGAAGAAGGCCUCGAUGAAUUUGAUGAUGAUGUUGAGGAAGAACAUGAAAUUGAACCAGAGACACCAGUAGAAGCUGAGACUGUUACUAAGAUUCCUCCUGAAGCUUCUUUGGCUCCUAAAGAUACUGAAAGGCAACUAUCAAAGAAGGAACUGAAGAAGAAAGGGCUUGAAGAACUUGAAGCUGUUCUUGCUGAAUUAGGAUAUACCAACAAAGAGACCAGUGGCCAAGAUGGAACCCAAGGUGAUGAACAAGAGAAGAAAGUUGAGAAUCUAAAUGGAGAGCUAGAAAAGAAGGCAAAUGUUACAGGGGAGAGCAAAAGUGCGAAAAAGAAGAAAAAGAAGGAUAAAUCUUCAAAGGAGCCAAAAGAAUCCCAAGACCAGCCUGAGGGUGCUGAUGCUGAAGAUGCAACAGAAGAAGCUGCUGGGAGUGAAACGGUAGAAGAUACAUCUUCUAUUGAUGUUAAGGAGCGGCUAAAAAAAGUGGCAUCUAUGAAGAAGAAAAAAUCAAGCAGAGAGAUGGAUGCUGCUGCCCGAGCCGCAGCUAGUGAGGCUGCUGCAAGGAGUGCAAAGCUUGCUGCUGCAAAGAAAAAAGAGAAAAAUUACUAUAAUCAGCAGCCAAUGCGGUGAGCGGGUGAGAUCCUUUGUUUUUUGUAUUUUUUUUUUCUUUCUCAUAUAUGAACAUGUACUCUUGUUCGUUUCGCGAACACAAAAUAAACAAUGGGAACUGGUUUUGUGAAGUUGAGUCAUAUAAAGAUACUUUUAGUUUUACUUCAAGGAAAAGAUGCAUGGUUGUUUAUAAA